AUGUCAGAUUACUGGUUGGAAUAUUUGGAUAAUCCAACAUUAUCGAUCUUCCCCUUCGAUUACUUGAGACCACAACAAAACAAAUCCGUUGAAAGUACUCAUGAAGUUAGUGUAUCCGGAGAUUAUUUAACAAGUUUGACUAUAUUCAUUGCUUUAAUCUAUAGAUUGACAGGUGAUGAAGAUAUAGUUAUUGCUACCAAUACUAAAGAUGAUGCCAAAGAAUUCAUUAUCAGAUUAACAGUAUCACCAUCUAUGACAUUCAAAGAAUUGAAAUCUAAAGUUGUUGAACAAUUCGAAACUAAUGUCGAAAAAUCCAAAUCUUUUGAAUCUUUAGAUGAAAUAGCUGAAAUUAUCAAAACCAAAAAAGGUACUGAAGAAUAUCCAAACUUGUUCAGAUUAUCUUUCGAAUAUUCUACCAACAAUAACCAUUUAUCCUCAUCAGUUAAAGGAUCAAUCAGAGAUUUAGGAGUAUUCUUCUCCCAAGAUAAAUUGAACAUUUUCUAUAAUGGUUUAUUAUUCAAACAAGAAAGAAUCAUCAUGUUUGGUGAUCAAUUUGUUCAAUUUCAAAAAUCCAUUGAACAAGAUCCUGAAGUAGCCAUUACUAAAGUGAACUUGAUCACUUCUUCACAAAAAGAUUUCUUACCUGAUCCAACCAUUGAUUUAGAUUGGUCUGGUUAUAGAGGUGCCAUUCAAGAUAUCUUUAUGGCCAAUGCCGAAAAACAUCCUGAAAGAACUUGUGUUGUUGAAACCAAAUCUUUCAUGGAUAAAAAUUCUAAAACUAGAACUUUCACCUAUAAACAAAUCAAUCAAGCUUCUAACGUUGUUGGUAACUACUUAGUCAAAACCGGUAUCAAAAAGGGUGACAUUGUUAUGAUUUAUGCUUAUAGAGGUGUAGAUUUAAUGAUUGCAGUUAUGGGUGUUUUGAAAGCUGGUGCUACUUUCUCAGUCAUUGAUCCAGCUUAUCCUCCAGCCAGACAAAACAUUUAUCUUUCUGUUGCCAAACCAAAAGGUUUAAUUGGUUUGGAAAAAGCCGGUGUUUUGGAUUCUUUAGUUGUUGAUUAUAUCAAAGAUGAAUUAGAUGUCAUUACUACUAUUCCUCAAUUGAAAAUCAAUGAUGAUAGUUCAUUACAAGGUGGUUUGAUUGAACAAGCAACUAGUGAUUGUUUAGGUGAAUAUGAACAAUAUGCUGACACUCCUACAGGUGUUAUUGUUGGACCCGAUUCUAACCCUACCUUAUCAUUUACCUCAGGUUCUGAAGGUAUUCCAAAAGGGGUUUUGGGACGUCAUUAUUCAUUAGCUUAUUAUUUCCCUUGGAUGUCUAAAAGAUUCAAUUUAAGUGAAAACGAUAAAUUUACUAUGUUAUCAGGUAUUGCCCAUGAUCCUAUUCAAAGAGAUAUGUUUACACCAUUAUUCUUGGGUGCUCAAUUAUUAAUUCCAACUGCUGAUGAUAUUGGUACUCCAGGUAAAUUGGCUGAAUGGAUGGCUGAAUAUGGUGCUACUGUUACACAUUUAACCCCAGCUAUGGGUCAAUUAUUAAGUGCUCAAGCCACCACACCAUUCCCCAAAUUACACCAUGCUUUCUUUGUUGGUGAUAUCUUAACCAAGAGAGAUUGUUUAAGAUUACAAUCAUUAGCUGAAAAUGUAUUCAUCGUCAAUAUGUAUGGUACUACUGAAACUCAAAGAGCUGUGUCAUAUUAUGAAAUUAAAAGUGCCAAAUCAGACCCUACCUAUUUGAAAGCUUUGAAAGAUGUUAUGCCCGCUGGUACUGGUAUGUAUAACGUUCAAUUAUUAAUUGUCAAUAGAAAUGAUACUUCUCAAACUUGUGGUGUUGGUGAAGUCGGUGAAAUUUAUGUUAGAGCUGCUGGAUUAUCUGAAGGUUAUAGAGGAUUACCUGAUUUAAAUGCUCAAAAAUUCAUCAACAAUUGGUAUGUUGAUGGAUCGAAAUGGGUUAAACAGGAUGAAGAAAAUGAUAAAGGAGAAGAAUGGAGAUCUCAAGGUUGGUUCAAACCAAGAGAUAGAUUAUACAGAACUGGUGAUUUAGGUCGUUACUUACCUGAUGGUAAUGUUGAAUGUUGUGGUAGAGCAGAUGAUCAAGUUAAAAUCAGAGGGUUCAGAAUCGAAUUAGGAGAAAUUGAUACUCAUUUAUCUCAACAUUCCUUAGUUAGAGAAAAUAUCACUUUAGUUAGAAGAGAUAAAGAUGAAGAACCAACAUUGAUUUCUUAUAUUGUACCAAAAGAUUGUGAAGAAUUGAAAACUUUCAAAUCUGAUAUCGAAGAUAAAGACAUUGUUGAAGAUCCUAUUGUUACUGGAUUAGUUCAAUAUAGAGAAUUAAUCAAAGAUAUCAAAGGUUACUUAAAGACCAGAUUAGCCAGUUAUGCUAUUCCAACAUUGAUUGUUCCUUUGGUCAAAUUACCUUUGAAUCCAAAUGGUAAAGUUGAUAAACCAAAAUUACCUUUCCCUGAUACUGCUCAAUUAGCUGCUGUAGCUACAAUCUCCAGAAGUAAUAACUCCGAGGAAGAUGAAUCAUUCAAUGAAGUUGAAGAAAUCAUUCGUGACUUAUGGAUUGAGGUUUUACCUAACAGACCGGCCACUAUUUCUAAAUCUGAUUCAUUCUUUGACUUGGGUGGACAUUCCAUCUUAGCUACUAGAAUGAUUUUCGAGUUAAGAAAGAAAGUUAAUGUUGAUAUUCCUUUGGGUAUCAUUUUCAGCAAUCCAACCAUCGAAUUGUUCUCUCAACAAGUAUCUAGCUACAUCAAAGGAGAUGAUUUUGAAUUAGCUAAUGGUUCAGGUAAUAGUGAAGACAAGAGUAGUGAAAAAGUUUCAUAUAGUGAAGACGCUAAAAAUCUUGUCAAAUCCAUGUUAUUACCAAAAUAUUCCACGUUACAAAGUUUAGACACUUCCAAGACAUUGAAUGUAUUUGUAACUGGUGUCACUGGAUUCCUUGGUUCAUUCAUUUUGAAAGAUUUAUUCGAAAAUGAAAAUUUAUCAGUCAAAAUAUAUGCUCAUGUCAGAGCCAAAGAUGAAGCUAGUGGGUUAGAUAGAAUCAGAAAAGCCGGUAAAACUUAUGGUGUUUGGAAUGAAAAAUGGGCACAAAACAUUGAAGUUGUCAUUGCUGACUUAGAAAAACCCCAAAUCGGUUUAACUGAUGAUCAAUGGACUAAAUUAGGUGAUACCAUUGAUGUUAUCAUCCAUAACGGUGCCUUCGUUCAUUGGGUUUAUCCAUAUUCUCAAUUAAGAGAUGCUAAUGUUAUUAGUUCCAUCAACUUAUUAAACUUAUGUGGUAUUGGUAAGAGUAAAUUUUAUUCCUUCGUUUCUUCCACUUCGACUUUAGAUACUGAUUAUUUCAUUAGAUUGUCUGAUAAAUUGAUCAGUCAAGGUAAAAACGGUCUUAGUGAAGAUGAUGAUUUACAAGGAGCUAGUACUGGCUUAGGUAAUGGAUAUGGUCAAAGUAAAUGGUCAGCUGAAUAUAUCAUCAGAGAAGCUGGUAAUAGAGGAUUAAGAGGAUCAAUCAUUAGAGCUGGUUAUGUUACAGGAUAUAGUAAAACUGGUGCUAGUAACACCGAUGAUUUCCUUUUAAGAAUGUUAAAAGGAUGUUGUGAAUUAGGAAUUUAUCCUGAAAUCGGUAACAAUGUUAAUAUGGUCCCAGUCGAUCAUGUUGCUAAGAUUGUUUCCGCAGUAUCAUUAUUCCCAUCAACUGAUAAAUUGGGAGUUGCUCAAGUUACAGCCCAUCCAAGAAUUACAUUCAAUGAAUUCUUAGGUGCUUUAACUGAUUACGGUUAUACUUUGAAACAAGAAGAUUAUCCAAUUUGGAAAUCAGAUUUAGAAAAUUUUGUUGUUAACAAAUCUAAAGAAUCUGCUUUAUUCCCAUUAUUACAUUUCGUCUUAGAUGAUUUACCAACUAACACCAAAGCUCCAGAAUUAGAUGAUACCAACACAUCUAAAUCUUUAGAUUUAUAUAAAACCAAUAAUGAAACCCCAAGAGGAGUUGAAAGACUGUUAAUGGGUACUUACAUUAGUUAUUUAGUUACCAUUGGAUUUUUACCAAAACCAACUAAAGAAGGUAAACCUUUACCAAAGAUUGAAUUAUCUCAAGAAACCAUGGAUUUGAUCACUUCAGGUUCUGGAGGUCGUUCCUCAGCUGCCAAAUAG